AUGACAGAUAUUAUAAUUGAUGAUGAUAUUAUUGAUACAAGUAAAACAACAACAUCAGGUUCGAAUUCUUCAAUAACAGCAACUCGUCGACCGAUGUUUAUUGAAACUGAAGUUCGUACAGAUACAGUUACAAAACGACGAGUAGGUUCAACAACUGCAAGUAGAAGUGUUUAUGAUAUACUUCAAAGUACGAAAUCACCUACUGAUGGACGUCCACCAACAACUUAUACUUAUGCUCACAGUGUUUCUUAUAUGCCUGUGACGGAAAGUGGUUCAUGUGAUGUUCCAGUAAUGGCUCGUCGUGAUUUACAUGGUGAUUAUUCAACAUAUGGAUCAAGAAGUUUUUCAUCAUCGAAUCAAACAACAUUUUCAUCACCUGCACGAUUUAUGUCUAAUGUUAAAUCACAAUUAGUUAAUAGUUAUUCAGCUUUACGUGAUCGUUUAACACAUCACAAUAAUACUGAUGAACAUGCAUCAACACUUUUAAAUUCUCCAUCAACACAAGGUGGUGCACGUUAUACUCGUUCAUCGUCGCAAUCAUCAACAAAUGGUACAUCCUCAGGUUAUCAUCUUCGUCGACGUGCUCCAGUACAUUCAACACCACGUGAUAAUGAUCUUGAAGAACUUAAGACAACAAGUAAACAACGUAAAGAUAGAAAAAGUCAAGAUAGCCGUCAAGAAGAUCAAGAUGAUGAAGUUGAGGAAGAACAAGAUGAAAAACAUCAUAAAGAAAAACAUGAUCAUGAUGAUCGAGAUAGUCUUAUUGUUCGUCUUAUUAAACGAAUUCUUCAUUUACCACUCGAUAUUUUAAGUUUUGUAUGGAAUCUAUUCUUUGGUUUACCAUGGUGGUUAUUACUUCCACUUCUUUUACUACUUGGAUUUUAUGUUUUUCCUAAUUUGGCAUGUAAACCAUUUGAACAUUAUCCUGAAUCAAAAUUAUAUCAAGGUUGUCGAAAUUUUCAAGAAUAUACUAAUAAUGUUACAAAUAAUGGAAUCCAUUUUAUUGAAGAACAUACAUAUAAACGUGGUUUACAUAAUCUCAAAAGAUUUUAUCAUAAAAUCAUCGAUGUUAAAGAUUCAAUAGCCAAUACAGCAGAUGAUGUUUUAUUUAAAAUAAAAAAAACAUUUCAUCGUAAAGUUGAUAAUGUUAAAGAUCAAGUUAGUGAUGUUGUUGGAACAACGAAAGAUAGUGUCAAGGAAUAUUGUGAUGCUGGCUUAGAUAAAGUCAAUGGUUUAAUUGAAGAACUUAAACGUGAAAAAGAAAAAUAUCUUGGCGGUAAACAUGCAUUAAAACCUGCACAAGAAAAAGAAUAUGAACAUUUAAUUCGAGUUUUACUUGAUGAAUAUGCAGCAGAUGAAACUGGUCAAGCUGAUUAUGCACUUGAAGCAAAUGGUGGAAAAAUUGUCGAUACAAGAUGUACGGAAUAUACAGAUGAACCACGGCAAAAUGUUGUGAAAUUUCUUGGUAUACCAAUUGUACAUAUGUCUAAACAACCCAAUAUUAUGAUCAAAGCUGGACGUAUGCCGGGUCAAUGUUUUCCAUUUAAAGGUGAUCAUGGUAGUGUUCUUAUUAAAUUAGCUGUACCUGUUAAACCAUCAGAAUUUACAAUGGAACAUUUAUCGAAAAGUAUUUCAAUUGUCGGACAUAUUAAUAGUGCACCAAAUAAUUUUACGGUUUAUGCUUUAAAAGAUAAAAAUGAUAAAGAAGGUAUAGUCCUCGGUCGAUACUUUUAUGAUGCAGAAAAUGGUCCAUCACUUCAACGAUUUAAACCUCAGCUUGUCAAUGUACCAGUCAUUGAAUAUAUUGAAGUUCGAGUAACAUCCAAUUGGGGUAAUCCAAAUUACACAUGUGUAUACCGGUUUCGUGUUCAUGGUGAUUUACAAACGGUACAACCAUCAGCACCACCUGCUGCCUAA